AAUCAUCCACAUCCUCAUCAUCAUUCGAAUAUUUCGUUUAUAUUGACAGAAAAUUUUAAUAGUUUAUAUCCUUUAGUGAAUCAACCAUCAUCGACUAUCGAACCACCCCCAUCACCAUCGACAAUCGAUACCGAAAUCGAUAAAGAUAAUGUUGAUAUUAAAAACGUUCGAAUGACAACAACAAUGUCGCCUAUAAUAACAACAACGACGACGACUAUUUCAACAACAACAACAGCAAAUAAAUGUGAAUUUUGGUUAAUAUCAAAUGAAGGAAAUUUAACCAGUUUUGGUGAUCCAUCACAAAAUGUUAAUUGUGUUUAUCGUAUUACACCGAUCGAUUCAACCAUUUGUAGUGUUGAAUUACAUUUCAAUGAUUUUGAUGUGACCGAUAUGCGUAGUGAACUUCAACAAAAGCAACAAAAUGAUAAUGAUAAUGACAAUAAUGAACCACCUAAAGUGGAAAAAGAAUUUCAACAAUUAAUAGCAUCUCAUAAUAGCUGUUUAGAUAAUUAUCUUGAAUUUAAUAAUCGAAAACGUUAUUGCCAUAAUGAUUGGAAUAAUCGUAUGGAUAUUGUUGAUUUGGAUCCAAAUUAUGAAAAAGAUUUUGUAUUUAGACUUGUACUUGAUCGUGUGGUACAUUCAAGUGGUUUUAAUAUUAAAUAUAAACCGUUAUUCGAUACUUGUGAUAAAAUGAAGAUGAAAAAUAUGGAAAAUUUGGAAAAUAAAAAUAAUCAUUCAAUAGAUUCGUCAAUUGAAAUGUUAACAUCCAGUUCAUCAUCAUUACCGGUAUCGGAUAAUUAUUGUCAAAUACGUCAUAAUGAAUUGGAAUUUGAAAUUAAAAGUAAAAAUUAUCCACGAAAUUAUAGUAAUAAUUUAGAUUGUAUACAUUAUAUACAACGAUAUUCGGAUAAUAUUUGUGGUUUAGAAUUGAAAUUUUUACAUUUUGAUAUUGAAGAAUCAGAAGGUUGUGCAUAUGAUUUUUUCGAAAUUGAUGGUGAAAAUUUUUGUGGCCAUUUACCAAAUGGUUCACGGAAUAUAUUUCAUUUUGAUCAGGCUAUCAAAUCAAUAUCAUUUCAAACGGAUAGCCAGGUGAAUGGUCCUGGUUUUCAUAUUAAAAUACGACAAUUGGAUGAUUGUCGUAAUGCAUUUAUGCCAAUGGAAACUUCAAUUGGUGCGAUUAAUCAAGGUGGCCGACAACAAAAAUGCAGCAUCAUAUGGCAUGAACGUGAAGGAAAACUUAGUACGCUAAAAUAUCCGGAUCCAUAUCCAAAUGAUUUACUUUGUGCAUAUACUAUUGAACGAAAUCCAAACGGUCAUUAUUGUAGUAUUGAAAUGAAUUUUCUUGAUUUUAAUCUACAAAAUACACGUGAUUGUAAUUCGGAUUUUUUCGAAAUACAAAAUGAACGUUAUUGUGGCCAAUCAUUACAAAACAAACAAAAAUUAAUUCCAUUCAAUAAUAAUGGUUUCAUCAGAUUUUUAUUCAAAAGUGAUAGCAAUGAAAAUGGUAAAGGUUUUCUAUUGAAUUAUACACAGUUACCAUGUAAACAAAUGGUUAAUAAUAAUGAUGUUAUUAUGGAUUCAUUGGAAUCAUUAUCGAAAACGAUUCAUACGAAUGAAAAAACAACCAAUAAUAAUAUCAAUAAUAUUAUUAUGGAACCAUGUAUGCGAACAUAUCAGGAUAAAAAAUUUGAUCUAAUUAGUGAUCUAACUAAUGAUGGACUUUAUAAGGCAAAUCAAACAAGUCAAGAUUGUCAAUAUGAUUAUAUGGAAAUUGGUAGUGCCGUACGAUUAUGUGGUACAUUGAAUCAGGAAACCAGUAGGAUUUAUGUUUUUGAUAAAAAUGAAAUGAUUAUAAAUUUUCAUACGGAUUCAACUAAUGAACGUAAAGGUUAUCGAAUACAUACUGAACAAUUAGAAUGUCAAGGUGAUCGUAUUAUUCGUGAAAAUAAUGAUAAUCAUCUUAAUAAUAAUGAAGAUCAAAAAGAAGAAAGAUUACAAAGUUUAGAACAAUAUAAAUUUGAGCAGCAGCAACAAUUUGUACAACCACCAGCAACAGAUUCAAAUGAUACAACACAAUUAUUGUUGCAACAACAAGAAAAUAUAUUUCUUCAUCAAACAACAACUGCAUCCGAAUUUGAUAAUCCAUUAAUUUUGGAAAGAAAAUUUCAACAACAACAAUCAAAUCAUCAAUCACAUAAUAGUUUAUUAUGUUCAAAAACAUUUCGACAAAAAGAAUUUUUCAUACAUAGUCCAAAUUUUCCGGAUAAUUAUCCACCUGAUUUGGAUUGUCUUUUUAUGAUCAUACCGUUCAGUAUGGAUGUUUUAAAAUUUAAAACACCCGGUAUAAAUGUUUGUUUUCUUGAAGUACAUUUUAUUGAAUUUGAUUUACAAUCAAGUAUUGAUUGUAAAAAAGAUUAUUUAAGUUCAUUUCGACCACGAAAAGGAUUUAUGAUACAGGCCAGACAAAUUGAUUGUGAUACAUUAAUAUCGAAUCAUGAACCAUUGAAAAAUUAUCUAAAUCAAGAUCAUCAACAACAACAACAACGAAUAAUUUCAAGUUCAUCAGCUGAUAAUAAUAAUAAUAAUAAUUUUAUAUUUUUACCAUCAUUACCAUCAAUUUGUGAAAUUUGUGUAACCGAAGUAACUGGCCAUAUACAAUCAUAUGAUUAUCCAAAUUUUUAUCCACCAAAUGUAAAUUGUACAUAUCGUAUAACACCAUUACCGGAUAAUUGCCUGGCACAAUUACGUUUUAUUGAAUUUGAUUUUGAUUAUUCACAUGAAUGUAAUCAAGAUUAUUUAGAAAUAAAUGGAAUACGUUAUUGUGGUCAUCAGCUUAAAGAUGUUUCAAUGAUUUUGAUGAAUAAACGAAAAGAUGAUUUGACUAUACGUAUGAUGACUAGUAGUCGUGGUGCAAUGGUAAAACCAUCAUUUAAAGGAUUUCGUGCAAGCUAUACACAAUUACCGUGUUUAGUUGAUACACAAAUACCAUUACCACCACCACCACCACCACCAUCAUCGCCAUUAUCAAUAUCGAAUCAAAUAUCAAAUAUUCAAUCGGCAACAAAAUCUAUUGUCGUGGAAAAAUCCGCUUCAAUACCGAAAAAAACAUCAAUAAUCAAUGUACAAAAUGAACAAAUUUAUUGUGAUCAAACAUUUGAUGAUAAAAUGUUUGAAAUCAAAUCACCUGGUUAUCCAUAUCGUUAUUUUGAUCGUUUAGAUUGUUCAUAUUUGAUACGGAAAAAUAGUGCAAAUGUUUGUCGUUUGAAAGUAACAUUUACUUAUUUUAAUGUUGUUGGUGAAGAUGGUAAUUGUCGUGGUGAUUAUUUGGAUAUUUUUAAUACAAGAUUUUGUGGUGUUCUUGAUCAACAUACAUCGAAAGAGAUACCAUUUUUACAGGAAAAACUUUUAUUACAUUUUCAUUCGAAUCAACAACAAACGGCAAAUGGAUUUCAUCUGCAAUUAGAACAAGUUGAUUGUAUUCCUGGUCGGCCAGCUAUUCCACAUCAAAAAUCGAAUAUCAAUGAUGAUGUAUCAAAAUCAUCUGAUCAUUCUGGUGUUAUUUCAUCGAAAACAAAUUUAAAAAAAUUAAUUAAAUCAUCAAAUCGAAAACCAUCCACCACUACAAUUACUAAAAGUCCAUUUCUUUAUGAUGAUGAUGAAAUAAUUUCAGAAUUUAAUACUAGAAAUAGAGCUACUGUUAUGGAAUCACAUGUUAUUUAUGAAGAUUUGGACAAUAAUAAUCCAACAAAUCCGGAAAGAUUUCCAAUUCAACAACAACAACAACAUGAAGAACAACGUAAAAAAUAUCCCGUACGAUAUUAUAGUCCAAAUAUAACAGUAGUUAAUGAAGAUAAAGAUGUACAAAAGAAACUAAUGGACAACAAUGAUUAUUCAAUGAUGAUAAAAACAACAACAACAAUACGACCAUCACAACAGCGUCAUGAUGAUGAUGAUGAUUAUAUAACAAUAACAACGGCACCAAUGAUACAACCAAAACAACAACAACAAUAUGAUCGUCAAUCAACUAAAACAUCGAAUAAACUAUGUGAACAAACAUUUGUAGAUAAAAUCUAUUUUGAAUUAAAAAGUACAGAUUUACAAAUGAAUGAUGGUGGAGCAAUGUGUCAUCUACACAUACGAAAAGCAAAAACAAAUGUCUGUCAAUUGGAUAUAAUGUUUAUGAAAUAUAAUCUUAAUGAUAGUAGCUGUAAUCAUCAAUAUUUAUCAGUUGAUGGUGAAAAAAUUUGUGGAAAAAUUCAUGAAACAACAACAAAACGAUUCUGGUUUCAACGAUCAGAAAUCUAUUUAUUUGUCAAUCUAAUGGAUAUUGAUGAUCAUCAUCAUAUCGAUGAUAAUAAAUUUGAAAUUAAAUUUAGACAAGUUGAAUGUGCUACAAACAAUGUUGUUGAUCAUCAUCAUAUAUCACGGCCAAUAUCGAAUGAAAAUUCUGACGGCAAUCAAUUUCCGAUUAAAGGACAACAACAACAAUCAAUGAAAACAAAUCCAUUUAUAAAACAGCAACAACAACAUGUCAACGGCGAUAUUGUCGAACAAAUCGAUGAACAACAACAACAACAACAACAAUUAUCCGAUCACCAUUAUUAUAAUGGUAAUAAUAAACAAAAUGAAUGGAAAAUGCAUCAAACAGAUGAUCAUCAUAUGACCGUCAAACCAUUUCGAACAAUAUUGAGACAACAACAACAACAACAACAACAACAACAUAAUCCUAUUAAUGAAAAUUCAAAUAGAAUGGAAAAAAAUCAACAAAAAUCUUUACCACCAACAUCCGAAACAUCAUCAUUUAAUCCAUAUUGUGAUUUGAUUGAAAAUGAAAUGAAUUUUCAUAUUGAAAAUCCAAAUGAUUCGAAUUUUAAUACGAUUGAACGUUGUCGUUAUACAAUUCGUAAAGCUAAUAAUAAUGUAUGUGCUUUAGAUAUGAAAUUUCAAUUAUUUCAUCUAAAUGAAGCAAUAAAAUGUGAAGAUGAAUAUUUGGAAAUUGAUUCGAGCAGAAUAUGUGGAGCAUUUCCUGUGGGUCAUGAACGCCGUUAUCAUUUUAUGCCGAAUGAAUAUGAAAAAGUUAUAUAUUUUAUAUCGAGUAAAUCAUCAUCAAUGAAUCGUGGUAAAUUUCGUAUAAAUGUUGAACAAAUUGAUAAUGAUUGUGACAGACCUUUGCCAACAUUAAAGCCAACAUUAACAAUGCCCACUGUAUGUGAUAUAUCCGUAGGAAAUUAUCGUGGUCAUAUAAAAAGUCCAAAUUAUCCAGCAUCAUAUGGUGAUUAUACAAAAUGUGUAUAUAGAAUACAGGCUAUUGGUCAAGAAUAUUGUAAUGUUAAAUUGAAAAUUCAAGAUUUGGAUAUUGAAUCAUCAUCAUCAACCGAUAAUAGCCGUAUACAAUGUGAAAAAGAUUGGCUACAGAUUUCUGAUACAAAAAAAUUAUGUGGCAAUAAAUUCGAACAAAAUGAAUUUAUAAUACCAUUCGACAUGCAUAAUGGACAUAAAAUUGCAUUGAUCAAAUUUACAUCGGAUGCAUUUGGUAAUGGUCGUGGAUUUGAUAUUGAAUAUAAACAAGAAUUGUGUGAUGUAUCGGAUAAACAUCAGCGAACAUCAAAUCUUAUCAGUCCAGUUGGAAAGAAAGGUGGAGGAGGUGGUAGUGGUGGUGGUGGAGAAAGAGGAUCGUCAUCAUUAUUCAGGCCACCACAAAUUAAAUUAGUAAAGGGUGAUCCAUAUUCAUCAUCAUCAUCAUCAUCAUCUGGUUCUUCAUCAAUGCGUCCACAAUAUCCACCGAAUUAUGUAUCAAAAGCACAUAUGCUUAAAACAAUGGAUCGUAAAGAAUUUAUUAAAAUGAUGUUAAUGGCUGAACAGGAAAAAAUGAAAAUGAAAAUCAAUAAUAAAGAUGCUAAAGAAUCCUCAUCAACACCAUCACAGUUGUUGACAACAACAACAAUGAGCAGUAUGGAUAUUGAUGAUAAUAUACCAACAACAAUGAAUAGUGUUCCAGAGAAUACAAUCAUAUUCACAACAACAAUAUCAACGGAAGAUUCUACGGAAAAUUCAAAUACAAUAAUUACUACUGAACCUUCGGUUACGACGACAAUAACGACUGAUGUUACCUUGUAAAUAAUCUUAAAUUAUUUGAAUAUACAUUUUGGAAAAAUGAAUGGCAAUUUGUUUUGGAUUUUAGA